UGUACCUAUACAUAUAUAUACUUCAGGCACAUACUGCGAAGUUUGCGGUUCAAGUUUUCAAGUCCAUUGAAGUCCAUGCUGAUACUGAGUUUUGUUCAUUUUGUUUCACAUGCAUGAAUCUUACGUAUUUUGUAAUAGAAUCACAGUGACGAUUCAUUCGGAAGCGUAGAAAUGUUGAUGCGGGCGUCCACAAUCAUUCGUCGACAGGUUCUGUUAAAAUCAAACACGUUUUCGCAGGAAAUUGUUACACACAGACAUAUACAUUUAGUCGCUCAAGGAAAGACGAUUUUUAGAAGCAAUACUUUGUUAGAUCUGCAUACAAACUGCAGAAUUACAGGAAUCUCUUUAAUUCGCUAUGCUAGCACAGAUGAAGUAUCAUCAUCAACACCAUCGUCCACACCAACAUCACCACCAAUAUCACAGAGCAGUCCAUAUGAUGAGAUACCAGAUCCACCAACACCAAUACAGGAAAUCAUAGAAAAUAUUGUGAAAGUACAUCCGAAUGGAGAGCCAACGUUUGAGAGCCUAGGACUAGGUGGUUGGUCUCCUUCAGGAAUUGUACAGAAUUUCUUAGAAUUUAUGCAUAUAAAUUUAAAUAUGCCAUGGUGGUUGACAAUUGUCACAGCUACUGUUUGUGCAAGAGCUCUUAUAUUUCCAUUGGUGAUAAAUUCGCAAAAGAAUAUGAUUAAAGUUACAAAUCACAUGCCAGUGAUACAAGAAAUGCAUCAGAGAUUGACGGAAGCUAGAAAUUCUGGCGACCAUAUGGAAAGUGCAAAAGCUGCGACAGAAAUGAUGCAGUAUAUGAAAAAGAACAAUGUUAGUAUGACGAAGAAUUUUAUGGCACCAUUAAUUCAGGCACCAGUAUUUAUCUCCUUCUUUUUCGCAUUGAAAAAAAUGGCAAACUUGCCAGUGGAGAGCUUGAAAGAAGGCGGCUUUUUGUGGGUAAAGGAUCUCACGGUAUAUGAUCCUUAUUAUAUAAUGCCGAUAGUUACUAGUGUGACGAUGUUUAUCACGAUUGAACUCGGUACGGAUGGUGCCAAUAUCCACGCAAUGGGCAUGUUUCGAUACGUCUUACGAGCCGUACCGUUUAUCGCGUUGCCAUUCAUGUUACACUUCCCUGGUACGAUUCUAACAUAUUGGGUGGCAACAAACACGGUUUCUUUACUGCAAACUGCUUUCUUAAAAAUCCCACGUAUAAAAAAAGCUCUCAAUAUGCCUACUCUAAUAAAACGCAAUGUUCCAGCCGUUACUAACAAGAAAGGUUUUGUCAAAGAAGUCCAAGAAUCUUGGACAAACUUGAAGAUAACGAAGCAAUUAUCUGAUAGAGAACGAGCAGAUACAGUACAGUUUAAUAGUGCUGGUAAGGGUCCCAUAAUAAAGACAUUUAAAUAUGAUCCGACGAAACAAAAGCAAUCGACAACAGUCCUUACGAAAAGUAGAGAAUAAUUUAUAAUUAAUGUAUACUUGAUUACACAAUGUACAAUAAAUCAAUUUGUAAUUAUAGCUAUAAUAAAACAAGUCUUAUUAUGUUUA